AAAAUCAAAAUUUUAUGCGGAAACACUGGUUUGAACGUCAAUUGUCAUUUAUUUUAGGUUUAGUAAAUAAAAACAUAUUAUUUUUGGAGAUCAUACGAAAAUGGAUACAAAAAUCAUGAAUGUCUGCAGAGUUUGUUUCCAUAAAUUCAAUGAAGGAACGAGAUUAUUUUUACGGAAUAAAGCCUCUGAAGAAAUUCUUAAUAAACUAUUUGUGUGCUUUCAAGUUUUAUUAAAAAACGACGGAGAUCUUCCCCACGCGAUGUGUAAACUGUGUAUUGAAAAGUUGAAUGAAGCUCACAAUUUUAGAAAUAUGUGUAUCACUAUCAAUGAGCGAUUUCAGGAAUACAUAUCCCACGAAUUCAAGAAACAUCAAAAAAAUAUCCCACUUGAAACGAAUGAGCUUACAAAUUACGAAGAUAGCCAAUAUUCCUUUAGCGGUUCAGCUUGCAAAGAUGCUAUAGAAAAGGAACAUAGUGUAAAUAGAACUAAGGAAAGUACUUUUUAUAAAGGAGGUUUUAAAUGCAAAAUCUGUAACAAAGUUUUAAAAUCAAUGUCAUCUUUAUUAAAGCACAAUAUUUCAAUGCAUGAGAAAAGGAAACGCGUGGGUAGAGUGACGGGGUUUGGUUCUGAACGGCGUUACCAUUGCACUUCAUGUUCAUACACAACUCCUCACAGCCAGACUUUAACCAACCACAUGAGACGACACAAUGGUGAGAGACCAUACUCUUGUGAAUGUGGUAAAACAUUCACCCAGUCAUCUAGUCUAGCAGCCCACAGGAAAACGCAUAGUAACACUACAUAUUUCACUUGCUCUGUUUGUGGCAAACAGUUUAAACAUGCAUUCACAUUAAAAAACCAUUUGAAUGUUCAUGAGCGUGGAAAUUUUAGUUGUAGCAUUUGUCAGAAAGUACUGAAAUCUAAACAGAGUUUACGGACACAUAUGCAAAGGCAUUACAAUAUUUGUAAUUAUAAUUGUGAGGACUGUGGAAAUACUUUUGUAACAUCCGCAGAGUUAUUAAAUCAUAGAAAAAAGCACAAUGUAGAGAAAAAAGUUGAAUGCCAUUUAUGUGGAUACAAAACCAAUUCUAAAAAAAACCUCAUCAUACAUCUAAAAAGACAUACCGGCAAUAAAGCGUACAAGUGUGAGCUGUGCCAAGUGUCAUUCUAUACUCACAGCGACCUACGCCGACAUCGGCGCGUGCACACGAGGGAGAAGCCAUUCUCAUGUCCUACCUGCUCACAGAGGUUCACACACAGCCCUAGUUUGAACAAACAUAUGCAGACAGUACACGGAGUUGAUUACAAGUGGGGAGAUAUGAAAUGGAAACAAACUAAAUAUUUCAAAGUGGCUGUGAAGAAAGAUGCUUUUGUCGCAUAAAUUCAUGAACUUUAUGAAACAUCAAAUAUGGACUUUAUUAAUUAUUAAUAGUGAAUAAGAUAUUACUAUUUCUCAAAUGUAUUGUGAUAAAAGACCACCAAAGGACUGGUCUCUUACUCAUCUUUACCGAAUGUAUAAGUCAAGACUAAGAUAAACAGGCUGUUAUGUUAUGUGUAUGUUGCAUCUCAUAUAACUAAAUUAAUUAGUGGAUUAAUUGAUAUUAUUAUAUUAAUGGAUUAAAAUAUAUUUUUAGGGA